AUGGAGGACGGUAAAGUGAGGAGAAAGAGACACCUGUGGGUCCAGGGACCACCAGGCCCAGCAGGAACCACCGGUGAAACCGGCCACCCUGGGCUCCCUGGCUCCCCCGGACCCCAAGGGGUGGAUGGAUACCCAGGUUACAAGGGUGAACAAGGUGAACAGGGAGUUGAGGGUGAACCAGGAGCACCAGGAGAACACGGCCCUCAGGGACCACGUGGCGAACAAGGAUCACCAGGAGAUAUGGGGGCUAUUGGAGAACAGGGAGAGAAGGGAGAUAUGGGAGCCGUAGGCGAACAGGGACAACCUGGCGAACAAGGACAAUCCGGACCAGCUGGACCCCAGGGACCCAUGGGCGAGACUGGAGAGUUUGGACCACAAGGAUACCCCGGAAUGCAAGGAGAAACAGGACACGUUGGAGUUCCAGGGUUCCCAGGAAUGCCAGGUGAUGUCGGACCAAUGGGACCACCAGGAGCAGUAGGUCAAGCUGGACCCCCAGGAGCACCAGGACCACAUGGCCCACAGGGACCUAUGGGUGAGAUGGGUUCUCCAGGCCGACAGGGAGUCCAAGGAUACGGUGGUUCUCGUGGAGCACGUGGUGCACCAGGACAGGCGUACGCCGUUAGAUAUAAGAGCGCACCUGCUCCAGUUACUACAAAAGGUUAA